CUCGAAUCUAAAAAAUGGUACUAGUAAAAAUGCAAAAUCUGCAAGCAGCCUUCACCUCCAGCGACUCGAACCGGAUGCAAUCCAGAUCACUCUGCUAGACGUCUCUAGUUUUUUCGCCGAAAAAAUACUUACCUGGAACGAGCUUGCAGAUCGACGGGCCUUCGUUGAGGUAGUACUACAUUGACUGCUCUUGAAAAUAUGCUUUUUCGUACUUUAUCCUCAAGUAGUACAAGUGCAUACUGAUAUUAUAUAGACGAUGAUGAUACAACUCAGAGACCUCAUAGUUUGUUACUACGUGACUUGGGUUAUUCUUCACUGGAUAAUUUCAUUCUUAUGGACACCAGCGGUAACGUUUUUUUGCUUUUGUGAUUUUCAAGAACUUGUCCACCAUAAUCGAUACUCACGCCGCAGAUCCUUUUGUCUGGUCGCGAAGGUGAUUUCUCUGCUGUUGACGGCGCAGAUCCUGCUGUGCGAAAGCAAAUAGUGCGAGAUCGACCCUCCGAAUUUAGACUCCAACUUCCUAGUUCUGGCCUUUCGGCGUCUGCGAGACUAACAUUU